AUGGGCCAAGGACAAUCAUCCUCCAAGAAGUUAGGACGUACAUCGUCAAAGCAACUAUCAGCAUCUGAUCUGGCGGAUUCGUUAGCCACCACAACCAUAUCCGAUGGUGAGACAACCUCGUCACCUUCCAUGGAUAUUGGUAAUACCAACAACUCCUCCGUGGGGCAGUUCAGUACACCAUCUAGAAUAAGUGCAAGGCGGGGUACAGGGUCGAGUGCAAGUGGUAAAGAGAAGAAUGGAUCAAUAUCAAGUUUAGCAUCUUCAAAUAACACUAAUAACAGACCAGGAUUGAAUACUCAAAAUUCAUUUGAUGGAUCUACCCCUUCCAACACUACAACCACAUCACCAUCCAAUAUUCCCACCACACAAAAUAUCUUAGCAGCACCCAAAACUCGAUCAUCAUUGUUGGGCCAUUCACCUCCUCCACCAUCUGCAUUAUCCGUAUCGCCCGGUCAACCUAGCUCUCCACCACUCAGCUCGCCGACCGGUCCGGGCCACAUGCAGAGAGAUUCCGCAUCGUCCUUAUCACCCGGUGCGGCACUAUCAGCGACAAUCAGUAGAUCGAGUAUAGGAGCGUCCAGCUCACAGGGAGGUGUACAGGUACUGGACGUUGAUAAUAUGAUUCAUCGUCUGUUGGAGGCUGGGUACAGUGGAAAGGUGACUAAAUCACCUCCGUUGAAGAACGCCGAGAUUGCUAGUGUAUGUGCAGCAGCGAGAGAAGUGUUCUUAUCGCAACCGACUUUGAUCGAACUCAGUCCGCCAGUCAAGAUCGUCGGUGAUGUACAUGGUCAGUACGCCGAUUUGAUUCGGAUGUUCGAAAUGUGUGGAUUCCCACCUUCGGCCAAUUACCUCUUCCUAGGUGAUUACGUGGACAGAGGGAAACAAUCGCUCGAAACGAUCCUCUUAUUGCUAUGUUAUAAGAUCAAGUACCCGGAAAACUUCUUCCUGCUUCGUGGGAAUCACGAGUGUGCGAAUGUGACCAGGGUAUACGGAUUCUACGAUGAAUGUAAAAGAAGGACUAAUAUCAAGACAUGGAAGACUUUCAUUGACGUAUUCAACGCACUACCCAUCGCUUCGAUAGUAGCAAGUAAGAUCUUCUGUGUCCACGGAGGUCUAAGUCCCAGUUUGAAGAGUAUGGAUGAUAUUAGGAGGAUACAGAGACCGACGGAUGUGCCUGAUUAUGGACUUUUGAAUGAUCUGGUUUGGUCCGAUCCAUCUGAUACGGCACUGGAUUGGGAGGAUAACGAAAGAGGUGUAUCGUUCUGUUAUGGAAAGAGUGUCAUCAAUGCUUUCUUGGCGACUCAUGACAUGGACCUGAUCUGCCGAGCACAUAUGGUAGUGGAAGAUGGGUAUGAGUUCUAUAAUGACAGGACGUUAGUCACGGUAUUUUCUGCACCAAAUUACUGCGGUGAAUUCGACAAUUUCGGAGCGGUCAUGUCAGUCUCGGAAGAUCUAUUAUGUUCGUUCGAAUUGCUCAAGCCACUGGACGGGGCAGCUCUCAAGAAGGAGAUGACAAAGUCCAAGCGGAAAAGUCUGCAAAAUCAUCAAAGUCCACCUAACAAUCCGAUGGCUCAGAGCUACUAA